AUGGCACCGGUGGCUGUCGAGGCUAAGCAGAACGGCGAGCCAAAGGGCGAGCCAAAGGUCAUUCCGACCGAUCCGCCUGCUCUAGAUACAGAGGGCCUAUCUGCCACCGAGAAAGAAGCUCUCGUGCCACAAGAUGAGCGAAAGGUCAUCUUUGUCGUCGGCCUUGGCAUGGUUGGCAUCGCUUUCAUCGAAAAGAUGCUCAACCUCGAUACCGAGGGCAAAUACUUCAUCGUCACCUGUGGAGAGGAGCAACAUCUCGCUUACAACCGAGUCGGCCUGACAGAGUACUUUGAGCAUCGCAAUGUCGACGAUCUCUUGCUCAAUCCGCCUUCGUGGUAUGCCAAGCAUUCGCCCUCCCGCUUUGCCUAUCAUCUCGGCGAGACCGUCCUCAAGAUCGAUCCAGAGGCUCAUACUGUCCACACCGACAAGAAUCACAUCUUCAAAUACGACUACUGUGUCCUCGCCACCGGCUCAGGUGCAGGCUUGCCGCCCUUUGUGAGCGAGGAGCAAGCCAGAGAGACCGCAGGCGUCUUCGUCUAUCGCAACAUCGCCGAUCUAGAGAAGAUCAUCGACUAUGGCGACAAGGACGACGUCACGCGAGCUGUCGUCGUUGGCGGCGGUCUGCUCGGUCUCGAGGCGGCAAAAGCUGUCUACGAUCUCCCGACCGUACCUGACGUGAGCAUCAUCAACCGACAAGCAUUUCCGCUGUCACGUCAGCUCGAUGCAGACGCAGGCGAGAUGGUCCUGCGAAAGAUCGAGGCUAUGGGUGUCAGUGUGCUCACCAAUGUCGCACCGACGGAGAUGGUCACCGAGUCAGAUCCAGAGACCGGCAAGCCUGUCUUCAAAGGCUUCAAGAUGACAGAUGGCACCGUUCACGACGCGGACCUCGUCAUCUUUUCGAUCGGCAUCAAACCCCGAGAUGAACUCGCUCGUCAGUCUGGCAUCGAAUGCCACAAGCGCGGCGGUGUCGUUGUCCAUGAGGAUCUUCAAACUUCUGCCAAGGACGUCUACGCUCUCGGAGAAGUUGCCAAUUGGAAAGGCAACACUUAUGGACUUAUCUCACCCGGCAUAGAGAUGGCCGAUAUCCUCUCAUUCAAUCUUACACAGACAGGCGGGCAUGCGCCUCGAAAGAUGAAUGAUCCUGAUCUAAGUACCAAGCUCAAGCUCAUGGGCGUCGACGUGGCAUCCUUUGGCGACUUCUUCGCAGAUCAGUCGCCUUAUGAGAAGCAAUUACAAAAGGUAGACCAAGCCCGCCACCAAUCCCAAGAGGCCCAAGAAGCUGCGAAGCCCAAUGGUGACGGCAAGAAAGCCAUGAAUGGCGAAUCUCACGCGACCGUCACCGUCGAACUCGAUGAGGACAAGAAGACCCAGAAUGGUACGCUUCAGCAGCCGAUGGACAAGCAGAACAAGCCUUCUGGCACGUCACUUGACAACCCUCCGGAAGACGGUUCCAAGGGCGACAACCAGACUGCAGAGAAGCCCGACUCAAAGACCGUCAGCUUACCGAAAGUGUCACAUAGCAGCAAAUCUGCCCGUAAAGAUGAGCCCAUCAAAUGUCUGACCUACAAGGAUCCGUUCGGGAGUAUCUACAAGAAGUAUAUCUUCUCUGCAGAUGGCAAAUAUCUGCUGGGUGGCAUGAUGAUAGGCGACGUGAGCGACUAUGUCAAGCUCGUCUCGAUCGUCAAGAAACGCAAGCCGCUCGACAUGCCGCCUUCUCAAUUCAUCAUCGGCGCCAAAUCAGGCGGCGAAGAUGAUGGUGGCGACCUAGACGACGACGUGCAAGUCUGUUCGUGUCACAAUGUCGUCAAAGGGCAGAUCGCAUCUUGCGUCAAAGACGGCUGUACUUCUCUCGGCGAUCUCAAAACGUCAACCAAAGCGGGCACGGGCUGUGGAGGCUGCAUGCCGCUCAUCACUGGCAUCUUCAACGCCGAGAUGAAGAAGGCAGGCGUGGAAGCCAACACGGAUCUUUGCCCUCACUUUGCAAUGUCGCGCCAGGAUCUCUUCAUGACUGUCAAGGUGAAAGAGCUCAAGACACUCCAAGAAAUAAUGACCACACUUGGCAACGAACCUGAAUCGAUUGGCUGUGAGAUCUGCAAGCCGGCCAUUGGCAGCAUCCUGUCAAGUAUCUAUAACGAGCAUAUCAUGAAGCCCGCGCAUAUUGGCAACCAAGACUCGAAUGACAAGUAUCUUGCCAACAUCCAGCGCAACGGUACCUUCUCAGUCAUCCCUCGCAUGGCGGGCGGCGAGGUCAAGCCAGAAGGUCUUAUUGUCAUCGGCGAGGUCGCCAGAGAUUACGGACUGUAUACAAAGAUUACCGGCGGUGUCCGUAUAGACAUGUUUGGCGCUAAGCGUGCAGACUUGCCUGACAUAUGGGAGCGACUCAUCAAGGCUGGUUUCGAGAGCGGCCACGCCUACGGCAAGUCCUUGCGAACGGUCAAGUCUUGCGUCGGAACGACAUGGUGCCGUUAUGGCAUCGGAGACUCAGUCGGCCUCGCAAUUCAGCUCGAAAACCGUUAUCGAGGCGUCCGAUCUCCGCAUAAGUUCAAAGGCGGCGUAUCUGGAUGCAUUCGAGAGUGCGCAGAGGCGCAAGGCAAGGACUUUGGUCUUAUUGCGACCGACAAGGGAUGGAAUAUCUUUGUCGGUGGUAAUGGUGGCUCGACGCCUCGACAUGCAACGCUCUUUGCGACAGAUGUGCCACCCAGCAAGGUCAUCAAGAUCCUCGAUCGGUUCCUGAUGUUCUACAUUCGCACGGCCGAUCGGUUGCAGCGAACAGCUAGAUGGGUCGAAAGCUUCGAUGGCGGCAUCGAGAAGCUGAAGAAGAUCAUUCUGCAAGAUGAACUGGGCAUUUGCGGCGAUCUGGAGCGCGAGAUGGAGAAGCUCGUCGGCACUUACGAAUGCGAGUGGAAGAAAGCAGUCGAAACGCCAGAAAUCCGCAAGCAAUUCAGACAAUUCAUCAACACGGACGAGCGGGUCGACCAGGCUGAGCUCAUCACCGAGCGUGGGCAAAAACGACCGGCAGAUUGGCCGAAGAACUAUGAAGGCAUCAAGAUGUCAACUUCGCAGAUCUCGACGCCGAAGGAGCAAUGGAAGUGGAUUAAAGUAGCUCACGUUGAUGAUCUCAGGCCGAACGAGGAGAACACGAGCCACGCCGCCCUCAAAUAUGGCGAGUCACAGCUAGCGCUCUAUCACGUCCCGCGCAAAGGCUAUUUUGCGACCCAGCAAAUGUGCCCCCACAAACGUGCUUUCGUCCUCGAUCAUGGCAUCGUCGGCGAUGGGCCAAAGGGCCUCUAUGUCGCUUGUCCUCUACACAAGCGUGGCUUCCAGCUGGAGACGGGCGAGUGUCUCAAUGAUGAGCAAUUUUCAAUCAUGAGCUUCGAAGCUCGCGAGGAUGCAGACGGCACGGGCGACAUCGAAGUAUUGCUGCCACCAAAGGACGCGCUUGACGCCGUCCUGGGUACAGACAAGUGGCUUGUCAAACAAGCUCAAUCAGAAGCUCUUGGGCUCAAUGCAGCGACUCAGAUCAAGAUUGUCGGCCCAGAAGGAGCACGAGAAGAUGAGCCUGAAAAGGCUGAAGGUGGUGGUGGUUGCGGCAGCAACAAGCUAGAGUGGUAG